AUGGCCUCCCAGAUCCAUCCCAGUGACAUGGCGGUCAACACCACCGCCCUGACAGUCAACAGCUCCAGCUUGGUCCAGCCCAUCAUGACCGGUCUCACCUCUCUCUUGCUCUUGGGCACCUACGCCCUCCAGGCCGUCCUGGGUCGGCCAGAUGCUGGGUUCGUCCGGAGCAACGGCGAGGUCAUCAAGCGUUCGGUGGACUCGUUCGUUGCAACCGAGAGUCCCAUCGCUCUGAGCCGCCUGCUCUGCAAUAUCGGUGCAAACGGCUGCUACACAUCUGGCGUAGCAUCCGGUGCCGUCAUUGCAUCCCCUAGCAAGGCCAACCCGGACUACUGGUACACCUGGACCCGCGAUGCCGGCCUGGUCCUCAAGGAGCUCAUUGACAUCUUUGCCAAUAACUACAACACCACCCUCCAAUCUGACAUCCAGAACUACAUAACUGCCCAGGCCCGACUCCAAGGCGUAUCUAACCCAUCUGGCUCUCUGUCCAAUGGUGCUGGUCUGGGAGAGCCCAAGUUCAACGUCGACCUCAGCCAGUUCACUGGAGACUGGGGGAGGCCACAGAGAGACGGCCCGGCCCUCAGAGCCAUCGCACUCAUCACCUAUGCCAACUGGCUCGUCGCCAAUGGCUACUCGUUGACGGCCUCAAACCUUGUUUGGCCAAUCAUCCGCAACGAUCUCAGCUACGUCGCUCAGUACUGGAACCAGACCGGCUUUGAUCUCUGGGAAGAGGUCCAAGGCAGCUCGUUCUUCACCACGGCUGCCCAGCACCGCGCCCUCGUCCAGGGAGCUGCGCUCGCAUCCUCGCUGGGUACUUCCUGCACAGCCUGCACUACUGUUGCCCCUCAGGUUCUUUGCUUCCUGCAGCGCUUUUGGUCGUCCAGCGGCUAUAUUGUCGCAAACAUAAAUGUGAACAACGGCCGUACUGGCAAGGACGCGAACUCACUUAUUUCAUCAAUCGCCACUUUCGAUCCUGCCGUGGCGUGCGACGCUGCAACGUUCCAGCCGUGCAGUGACAAGGCCCUUUCAAACCAUAAGGCUGUGACGGAUUCGUUCCGUUCCGUCUACGGCAUCAACUCUGGCAUUCCCCAAGGCACUGCAGUCGCUGUCGGCAGAUACUCGGAGGAUGUCUAUUACAACGGAAACCCCUGGUAUUUGACCACCCUUGCUGCAGCAGAGCAGCUCUACGAUGCCUUGAUUGUAUGGAAAUCCCAGGGUUUCAUCCAAGUCACGUCGACCUCUCUUGCCUUCUUCAAGGACCUUGACUCGUCCGUCACUACUGGCACAUACCAGUCCGGCUCUUCCACUUACACAUCAUUGCUCAACGCAGUCACGGCGUACGCCGAUGGCUACGUGAACGUUGUGGCAACCUACGCCGCGCCAAAUGGAUCGCUUUCCGAGCAGUUUGAGAAGUCAAACGGUUCGCCUCUGUCGGCAUAUGACCUCACAUGGUCAUAUGCUGCCUUUCUGAGUGCGGCCGCCCGCCGCGCUGGCACCGUUCCCCCUUCUUGGGUUGGGGCAUCCGGUAACGUCGUCCCUGGAACGUGCUCCACACCUUCAGUCUCCGGAUCGUACUCAUCGGUGCCCGCGCCGUCUUUUCCUGCAUCGCAGACCCCGCAGACCGGCUACAGCACUACGACAGCCACCACGACAAGUGCCGCUCCCACUGGCACUGGCUGUGCCCCCGCGCCAUCUGUCCUAGUUACAUUCAAUGAAAGAGUCACCACGACGUUCGGGGAAACUAUCAAGAUCGUUGGAGACAAUGCUGCUCUCGGAAACUGGGACACCAGCAAGGCCGUGGCGCUCAGCGCGAGCCAGUAUACCUCAUCAAACCCGCUUUGGUCUGUCACCAUUGAAUUGGCUUCCGGCGCGGUGGUCGCAUACAAGUUCAUCAGGGUUUCAUCCAGCGGGACCGUCUCUUGGGAGGCCGACCCGAACCACACCCUGACGGUGGCGGCAUCAUGCGCUACCUCCACCACUGUUUCUUCAAGUUGGCAGUAG